AUGAAAAAACAAAAAAGAAUAUAUGACCAAUCAUAUAUACAAUUAAAGGAACCUCUAUCUUCUCAUAAUAAUAUACUAAAUAGCGAUGAACAUGAUGAAAAAAUAAAAAAAAAGAAAAAAGAUGAAAGAAAAAUAAAUAAACAUUCGUAUGAAAAUAUUUCUGAUAGUACAAACCUUUCAACCAAUAAAUAUUACAUGAACGAUUCAAAAAAAAAGGAAAAAAAAGAAAAUAAUAAGAUACACAAAGUGAUUAGACAUAAAAUAGGUAUGUUGUUUGAAAGGAUAAAAAAAAAAACAAAAAGAAAAAAGAAAGAAGAAAAAUACACACAAAGGAAUAAUUGUAAUGAUGAUGAUAAUAACAAUAAUAAUAAUAAUUAUUAUUAUAAUAGGAACAAAUUCUAUGAUUAUUUGCCCAACAUUGAAAAUAUCAAAAUUAAGAAUAUAAAUAAGAAACAUAUAAAAAAUAUCUAUAAUAAUACAAAAGAUAAAUUAACAAAGAAAAGAUACCAAACUACUAAUCAUAAUACAAUUCAUGUAAACAAAUAUAAUGAAAAUGGGAUGCUAUUAUAUAAUAUUAAAAAUAUAUUAAAUUUAAAUAAUGAUGAUAUAAAUAAUUUAAUCAAAAUAUCAAAUUUUUUUAUGGACUUAGAUAUGGAUACUUUUUAUCAUACAUUUAUCAAUAAUAAUAAUAAUAAUAUUAUUAAUAUAUUAAAUUACAAUAUAAAUCACAAUAAAAAUAUAUAUGAUAUAAAAGAAUAUACAAAUCAUAAAAAUGAAAAAGUUAUACAAUAUAAACAAAAUUCAUCUCUCUAUCUUGGAGUUAGUGUAUGUAACAUAUCUAUAUCAGAGUCUUCUUAUUUCUUAUAUAAUAAAAACGUAAAAUACAAAUAUACCCCUAGUCAUCAUGUAACAAAUCAAAAUUAUUUUCAUGAUAAUAAAGCCACCAACAUAAAUAAUCUUGAUUAUUUUAAAGAUAAAUCUAAGGAACAAUAUUCUGACAUAAAUACACAAAUAAAAACACAUUUAUAUUAUCAACAUCCUUAUGAUGAUUCUAUAUGUUUUCUUAGUUCUUGUAAUAAAGAACAUAUCAUAACAAACAAACAAGACAUAAACAACCAACAACAUGAUAUAAAAAAUGAACUAGGUAAAGAAAAUCAUCAAAACAUAUGCUUCCAUAAAAAUUAUGGAACCUAUUAUUAUCAUAAAAAAAAAUAUAUAUACCAUAGGAAUAAUAAUCCUAUAAGUACAAAUUUUGAUCUACACAAUAAUAAAAAAAAAAAAAAUUAUAAACACAAUAUAGAUAAUCAUAGAAAAUAUAAAAGUACUAUUAUUCAUUUUUUUAAAAAAAAAUUUUUAAGAAUAAAAAAAAAAAAAAAAGAAACUAAAAAAAUAACUAAAACGAGGAGUGAUGAAACUAUAUAUAUUCAUAAAAAUAUAGAACAACACAAAAAUUAUAAAAAGGAAUAUUCCGAUAUAUAUAGAAACGAAAAUAUAAAUUAUGAAAUAAAAAGGGACAACCAUAAAUAUAACAACAAUAAAUAUAACAACAAUAAAUAUAACAACAAUAAAUAUAACAACAAUAAAUAUAACAACAAUAAAUAUAACAACAAUAAAUACAACAACAAUAAAUAUAACAACAAUAAAUAUAACAACAAUAUGUAUAACAACAAUAUGUAUAACAACAACAUAUAUAACAACAAUAUAUAUAAUAACAACACAUAUAACAAUACAUAUAACAAUAAUAUUAAAAAAAAACUACGGUUCAUAAUAAAUAAAUUAUUUUUAGAAAGAAGUAAAGAAAAAAAAACAAACAGAUCCAAUAUUGUGCAAGGACAAAAACAUGACCUACCAUAUAUUUCAAAUAAAUAUUUGGACCCUAAAUUUAAUGAAUUGUAUUAUAUUCAGAUGAUAAAUGUUUAUAAUGAACCUUUUUCAAUUUAUAUUAAAAUAUAUCAAAUAUAUAUUUUCUCAAAAAAAACAAAAAAUAUAAAACAUUUUGUAGAUAACGAUAUAUGUCCGAACAAUAUACAACCUUUAACAUCUAAUAAAGAGAAAACAAAUGUUUCGAUUUAUGUACUUAUAGACAUUCAAAAUCAUUUUCUAAAAUAUAUUAUAAAGAAAAAAAUAAUAACAGAAAUACAACACUGUUUACAAAAUUGGGAAAAAUAUAUCAUAACAUAUAUACAGAAGAUGAGGGGAAUUCAUAAUAAUAAUGAUGAUAAUUAUAAUAAUUUUAUAUCUUUAUCAAAUGUAGUAAUAUAUAAAAAUAAUUGUGAUCUUAUUAUUCAACAUAUAAUAAAUAAAAUAAAAUAUUAUCUUAAUAUUUAUGUUAUACCCUUCUUUCAUAAAAUACUUAUAAGUAUUACAAAUUAUAUUUCAGUGAACUAUAAAAAUGAAAAUUUACAAUACUAUUUUUUUCAUUCUUCUACAAAAAAAAAAAAAAUCCAACUCUUUAUACAUAAAACAAAAAAUAAAUUAAAAAAUACAUACAAUAAUAUAUUCUGUAAAGAAAAAAAUAGAAACCAUAACAUACAAAACAAAAAUAAUCAAACAUAUCUUAAUAAAGAUUUAUCAUAUUUUUUUUAUCCAAAUAAAGAAAAAAAAUAUAUAUAUAUAAAGAAAAAUAAAACAAAUCCACAUUAUCAAUAUUAUUACACAUUUUAUGAUCUUAUAUAUGAAACACCUUUCUAUUAUUUAAAGUCACACAAAACAGUACAAAAUUAUAUUAUAUAUAUAAAUAGUUUAUAUUUUAGAAGGUUACUCUUAUUAUAUACAUUUCUAUUAUUCUUUUUAUUAUUUCUGAUGAUAUUUAAUAUGCCUAUAUAUUCAUAUAUUAAAAUAUAA